AUGUCUGCCAGCUCAGCAGCCCGUCACACACUGACACCUGGAUCCAGCGUGGCACCGUUCCGCGGCGUGGCGGCCCAAGCGGCGUUCAGCUCCAGCAGCGCGCCGCCGCGCGCCGCCCAGCCGCUCUCGCUGCGGCCGUCUCUGGGCGAAGCGGGAGGGGCGGGCUCCCCCGCGAUGCAAGCGCACGGCGACGCAGCAGCGGCAGCGCGGGCGGGAGCGGCUGCGUGCCGGCCGUGGGAGCGCAACGACCUGCUGCGGCGGCUGGCGACGUUCAAGUCCACCACGUGGUUCGCCAAGCCGCAGGCGGCGGGGGCGGUGGCGUGCGCGCGGAGGGGGUGGGUGAACUGCGACGUGGACAUGCUGGCGUGCGAGGUGUGCCACGCGCGCCUCAGCUUCUGCGUGCCGCCCACGUGGUCCAGAGCUCAAGUGGAGCGGGCAGCAGCGGAGGUGGCGGGGCGGCUGGAGUCGGCGCACAGGCAGCACUGCGCGUGGCGGGGCAACGAGUGCGACGAGGCGCUGCUGCUCUUCCCCCCCCAGCCGCCCGCCGCGCUGGCCGCGGCCGUGUUUGAGCGCUGCCAGGCGCUGCAGCAGCUGGCGCGCCUGCCCGCGCUUGCGCCCGCAGCAGUGGAGCGCAUGAGGCGCUGCAGCCCGCGCGCCCUGGACGCGCUGCUGGCGCUGCCCGCGCUGCCGGUGGGCGCACCGUGGGACGACCCCGUGGGGCGCUCAGCCACGCGCGUGACGUCAGACGCCGCUGCUUACAUCGAGGUGCGUGCCUUGCCUCUCCGCACUCCCCCUCACGUCAACAACCCUGCCUGUGCGCUCGUCUGUCCCCCACUCUCACACGCCUUGCCCCACCCCAUGUCUCCACGGUCCCACGGUGGCACAUUGUUCGUGCGUGGGCAGGUGCAGCGCAUCAUCGCAGUGUGCGGGUGGGAGCCGCGCGCCCUGGGCGUGCUGCCUGACGCGCACGACCCGCCCCACGCCAACCACCGCCACCCGCCUGCACACCCCACCGCCCCUCUGCCCGCUCUGCCCGCCCAUGGGCGCGCGCACGUGCCUGCGCGCCCCCCGCCUGGCAUCCCUGCGAGCGCGGCGGUGCUGCAGUGCGCGCUGUGCGGCGCCAGCGUGGGCGUGUGGAACUACUCCACGCUGCCCCGCCCCCCCGCCCCCCUCGCCCUCCCCCCCGCCUCGCCCCAGCUCUCCGCCCGCCAGGGGCCAGCAGGGGAGGAGGGGGCGAGGGAGCGGGAGGUGCAGGCGGAGAGGGGCAGUGAGGGAGGGGCGGGGAAGGCAGAGAAGGAGCAGCGGGAAGGCGAGAGUGGGGCGCGGAAGAGUCUUCCCCCCGCUCCUGCAGCAGCUGCCAUCAUUAUCGCGCCGGUGGGGGGAAUGAGCAUCACGAGCCCCCCGCACAGGGCGGGGCUGGGCGCAGGGGGCAAGGUAAGGGGGCGGUGGGGAGCGUCUCAGGGGCAGGGGGGCGCGGGGGUGGCGGAAAGGAUGGGGGAGGGCUCGGAGGAAGGGGUGGGGGGAGCGAAGGAAGGGGCUAGGGUAGAGGGGGAAGCGGAGGGAGGUGCAGGGGGAGAGGGCACGGAGAGGGGCAUGGGGCCCGAGGUGGUCACUUCGCCCAGGCGGGUGCAUGGUCGCCAGGAGGGGGAGGACGCGAUGGACGAGCAAGGAAUUGCUGCCCCGCUUGCCGCUGUGUCCGCUGCCCCUGCCCUUGCUGUUGCUGCUGCUGCUACCCCUGCUACUGCCACUGCUGCGUCUGCUGGUGGUGCCGGUGGUGGUGUGGGUAGGAGAGCGGCAGCAGGCAGCAUGGGUGCGCCUGCCUCUGUGGUGAGGAGGCGGAAGCAGGGGUUGGAGGCGGGGGGGGCGACAGCAGGAGUUGAGGCGGAGGCUGUGCGCCCUGCUGCCCCCGUGGCAGCAGCACUGUCAAUAGCAGGCAGCGCCACGCCACUCGGAGCUGCGUCCGCUGCUGCCCCACCACCGCCUUCCGAGCACCGCCCACCAUCGCCAGCAGCUCCAGCAGGAGGAGGUGCAGCAGGGGGAGCACCAGCGGGUGCAGCAGCAGGAGCGGGCGGGGUGGCACUGGACCUGGGUCUGACCAUCGCUGGCGGCCUCCCCCCCACGCACCUCUCCUCCUCGCCCCCUCCGCGCCCCUUCGGCUCUGCCUCCGCCCUCCCCCUCUUUGGCGCCGGCCUGCCCAUUCCUGGCUGCCACCUCAGCGGCCCUGCCGGCGCCAAUCCGGGGGCAGGCGGCAAGGCAGGCGCAGGGGGGGGAGGAGGGGGAGGUGGAGGGGGAGUGGAACGGGGCGGGGGAGGGGAACCAGCAGGGAGAGUAGGGGUAGAGGGGGAGGGAGGUGGAGAGGGAGGGGGAGAGGGUGGAGGCGUGGGCGCGGAGGGGUUUGGGCAGUGUUUGGGCGAGGUGAGCUUUGGGCGGGGGGGCGUGGCGGUGCUGCCGAUGAACAGUGCGGAGGGCGUGGUGGCGGAGAUGGAGGAGGUGUCCUCCGAGGAGGCUGAGGUGGAGGGCUCUCUGCGCGCCCGCGCCGCCCGCGCCAGGGGGGACGCUCGCCGCGCUGCGGGCAGCAAGGGUGCGCCAGAGGGCGAGGCGGAGGGGCCAGUGGGCGGGCACGCAGGCAGGGGGGCGUGGGGCAAGGAGGGGGGGGAUGAGAACGAGAGGAUGGAGGGGGGCGAUGAGAGUGGGAGGGGCGAGGGGUGUGGGGAGACUCAGCGGCUGGAGGGGGGCGAUGAGACCGGCAACGAGGGGGAGGGCGCGGGGGCGGCAGUGGCAGCACAGCAGAGCCGGCACGAGGGGGCUAGAGCCGACAUCAUUGCGUGCGUGAGCACGGGUCCCACGCAGGGCAGCAGCAUGCAGGGCGGUGGCGGUGGCGGUGGCGGUGGCGGGGAGGGAGGUGACAGGGGUCGUGUGGAGCAGCAGUUGUCGGCAGCGGCGUUUCUUGUGCCGUCCACACGUGCUCCGGCUGCCAGCACGGCAGGCAGGGGAGGUGUGGGUGGGGAAGAGGGUGUGCCUGGAGGUGUGGCGUCAGCGGGAGGCAGUGGCGCAGUGGGAUGCAGUGCGGUGGGGCACGGGGAUGGCGCACAGCAGCGGGGCAGGGCGGUUGAGGGGCAGGGGAGGCGGGGGCGGGCGGCAGAGGGCAGGGCGGGCGGCAGUGAGUUCCUGGAGCCGCCUCAGAAGCGCCGCCACGUGGACGCGUCCUCCUCCCACGCGCCCCGCCCCCCUGCCUCGCGCGCUGCCUUGGGCGUGGGGCCACGAGGCAAGGCUGCGGGCGCAGGGGGAGGAGGGGCUGGGAGAGGGGUGGUUGGAGGGAAGGGGGCGGGAGGCAAGGUCGGUGAAGCCCUGGGUGCUGCUACUGCGUCUCCUCCUGCUGCUGCUGGCGCUGGUGCUGCUGCUGAGCUUGCUUCUGCUGUGGGGGCUGGCGCUGGUGCUGGUGCUGGUGGUGGCGCAGCAGCAGGGGCAGGGGCAGGGGCAGGGGCGUUGGGCGGGGUGGGGGGCGAGUGGGCGCGGGCGUCGUCGGUGUACGCAACCAACACGGACUUCAGUGAGCGCGAUGACACCAGCGCUGACAGCGUUGACAACCUGCCGCCCCCCCUCGACCUGCACGCCCAGGGGGCAGCGCAGGGGGGGGUGGCGGGGGCGGGAGGGCAGGGGGGCGAGCAGAUGGAGGUAGCCAGUGAGGUGGCGGGCGUUGUGGAGCGCGGGGCAGAGAUGGGUGGGGGAGAGGAAGGGAGCAGCAGGGGGGGACAUGUGCAGUUGUCACCUGGGGCGCAGGCGGGUGUGGGGGAUGAGGCAAAGGAGAGGGCAGAGGCAGAGGGCCGCAUGGGGGAGGGACGAGGCUUUGAGGGGGAAGCUGUUGCCGAGGGCAUGGGGAUGCAGGGGGGGAUGGGAGGAGCGGAGCAGGGGGGUGUUGCUGCUCACAGCACUGCCGCCAGCGCUGGUGCUGCCACUGCCGCCGCUGCUGCUGCUGUUGCUGGGUCGGCCAUGGGUGUGGGCGCAGGGGCUGUGGGUGCGGGCGUGAGUGCAGCGAGUGCAGGGCGCAUUGAGGCGCGUGUGGGGGGGACGGUGGGGGCGGAGGGCGAGGAGGGGCUGAGCAAGAGCGGAGAGGGGGGGGGCGGGGGGGAGGGCGAGGCGGCGACGAACGCGGCGGUGAUCAGCACGGGCACGGCGGGGGACGACGCGGAGGGGCCGGGCGGGGGCAGUGUGGCGAUGGGGGCGAGCGUGGAGGUGGAGGCGCAGGCGCUGGAGGGCGACGUCGUGGACGCCUCGCGCGCCCUCGCCUCCACCGACGCCCCCGCCUCCGCCGGCGCCCCUCCCCACGCUCCCACUGCUGCGCCGGCUGCUGUGGCGCUCUCUGCCUGCCGCAGCGUGGUGGGCGGCGCCUGGGGGGGCGCUUCUGGCGGCGCUGCUGGCACAGGGGCGGGCAGUGCGCCUAGGGGCGCGGAGAGGCAGCAUGGGGAGGGCUCAGGGGGGAGAGGGGCAGAGGGGGAGGGGGAGGGGCAUGUGGAGAGGGGAGGCGCCAGGCAGGUGGAGAGUUUCAGCUUUGCAGGGGGAGGAUGGGGUGGGCGAUGGGGUGGAGGGGAGGACGGGGGCAGAAGGCGAGGGGAAGCUGGGGAAGAGAUAAGGGGGAAUGCGGUGGGAGGGCUGGGUGAGAUGGAAGCUGGGAUUGGUGGGGAGCACCUUGGGCAGACGGGGGAGGGCAUGGGGGAGGGGAUGGGGGAGGGGAUGGGCGAGGGUGCAGGUAUGACAGGAGUUGAGCAGGUGACGGUGGGGGGUGUAGAGGUAGCGGAGACAGGGGGGGGAACGGGGGCGACGGGGGGAAGGGAAGGACGGGGCAGUGGCGGGCUGGGGGAGGGGCGGAGGGGAAGCAGCGUGGGGAAGGGAGGUGAGGAGGCGGCAAGGGGUGAGGUUGGAGGGGGGGAGGGGGCGGGGGAAGCGAAGGAAGGGCAGGGUGGGGGCCGUGAGUGGGGAGUGCAGAGGGAGGGUGCAGGGGAGACGGGGGGCCCAGAGGAGACCCGCGACACCACCCAGGGGCUGCUCAUUGGGGAGGAUGCUGACGGGGAUGGCGAUGCUGAGGUGGACGUCCGUGCUGACGUGGCGAAUGCUGGAGCAACAGCAGGGGCAGCGGGCGUGCAGGAAGCAGCAGAGGGCACGGGGGAGGUGGGGCUGGCAGCAGGUGGGGCAGAGGGGGGCGGGGAGGGGGCGGUGGGGAUGGAUGUGGAUGAGGGGCAGGGGGAGGGCGGGGGGGUGGCGGAGCAGCGUGGGCGAGUGGGGGAGCGGGCAGUUGGCGAUGAGCGCGUGAGUGGCGGCGACGGCACAGGUGGCGUGAAUGGGCAAGGAGAGGUGCGGGGGGGAGCAGGCAGCAGGCAGCACAGGGGUGGGGAGGAGCGAGGCGAGCAUGGAGGCAGUGGCGGUGCACCUGGGGGGGAUGCAGACGAGGUGCCUGUGCAGGGAGAAAGGGGGGACGGCCAUGGGGGAGUGCAUGGGGCUGGCAGGGAAGGGCAGACUGUGGAUGGUACUGCCACUGCUGCUGCCCUUCAUGCCCCGCCCGUUCCUGCUGCUCGUGCUGCAAGUGGUGCUGCCAACGGUGUGGGUCCACCUUGUGUGGGGGAGGCUGAGGUCAGCAGUGGCUCACCUCCCGCUGCUGCCAAUGCUGCCACUCCUGCCACGCCGCCUGCUGUCAGUGCUGCUGCUCCCGCCCCUGUCUCUGCCCUUCCUGCCACUGACGUAGGGCCUCCCACUGAUGAGCCGCAGCGCCUCUUUGACCCGCUGCUGAGCCACCGCCGCUUCUGCCCGUGGGUCAACGCCCUCGCCGCCUCCCACCGCCUCAAAGCCCUCGCUUCCCCCGCCCAGGACCUCAGCCUGUCUGCCUCGCCCCAUGCCCACCGUCUCCCUGCCGUGCCCCCCUCCCACGGCGCCGACCCUGAGGCGGUGGAGGGGGGAGCGCCCGGAUGGCAGCAGUGCCUGGCCGCGCUGCACCACGUGCUGCCCGCCGCCGCUGCCCCCGCUCACAGGCCGCUGCACUCCGUCGCCCACAGGGCUGCUGAGGGGCCCGACAGGGCGGCUGAAGGGGCGGCGGACUGGCUGCCUGGAGGAAUGGACGCACUCGACUCGGUGGCGUCCUUCAAG